CUUGAUGUUGCCUUAAUUUGGCCAUCUUUGGUGAGGCACACCUCUUGUCUUCUCCACUGUUAUUUUGCUUAUCCAUUCUUCCCAUUGGUGGUAUAAGUAAAACCCAUUGCCAAGAGAAAGGAUCCAAGGCUUUAUCCAUCUGUAGCUAACUGAGUGAAUCCUCUUUAUGCUGAUUCUUUUCCUGUAGCCCAUCAAGACCUGAAAUGAACUGCAGUAAGAACCCUGACUUUGUCCUCUCAGGACUGUCCAGUGACCCAGACAAACCACAGCUCCUCUUUGGUCUCUUCCUGGCCCUCUACUUGCUGAGUCUCUUAGGAAACUCACUACUGCUGCUGGCUAUUGGUGCUGACAUCCACCUCCACACCCCCAUGUACUUCUUCCUCAGCCAGCUCUCCCUGGUCGACCUCUGCUUCACUACCACCACAGUCCCCAAAAUGCUGGAGACUUUGUGGACCAUCAACGGAUCGAUCUCCUUCUCUGAGUGUCUGGCCCAAUUAUAUUUCUUCGCAGUUUUUGCUAAUAUGGACAACCUGCUUUUGACUGCCAUGGCUAUCGACCGCUAUGCUGCCAUCUGCCGUCCCCUGCACUAUGCACUCCUAAUGACUCCUUGCAGAUGUGCACUGCUGGUGGGUGGGUCAUGGGGAGUGGCCCACUCUGACUCUUUGAUCCAAACCUUGCUGCUAACUCGACUAUCAUUCUAUACUAAUCUAGAGAUUCCUCACUUUUUUUGUGAUUUCAAACCACUCUUAAGGUUUUCCUGCUCUGAUACCCACCUCAAUGAGGACCUGAUGAUGGUUCUGACAGGACUCUUAGGAAUCAGCCCUCUCCUCUGCAUCAUAAGCUCCUAUGCCCAUAUUUUCAUUGCUGUAGCUCGGGUUCCAUCAGCACAGGGCAAAAAGAAAGCCCUGGCCACAUGCAGCUCCCAUCUCUCCAUGGUCAUCCUCUUCUACAGCUCGGUCUUUGCCACCUACCUGAAGUCCCCGUCAGCUUCUCAUGCCUCUGGGGAGCUGGGUGCUGCUGUCAUGUAUGCCCUGGUCACCCCCACUCUCAAUCCUUUCAUUUAUAGUCUAAGAAAUAAGGAUGUGAAGAGUUCCCUGAAAAGGAUUCUGAGUGUGAAAAGUUCUUGGGAUUAAGGAUAAUCUCCAUAAAAAAGCAUUUGGAAAAAAUCUCUCCCCACUUCACCACCACAUUUACAAAGUGCAUCAGUUAACAUCAAGAUUCUUACAGAGCAUUACAUAGACAACUGGAAAUUAAACUGAUAUAGAAACCAGGACAACUUCCAUAUUUAGGGAAUAUUUCACCCAGGGAAUUCCCAAGGUUGUGAAUCAACACAUGAGCAAUCCCACUCACCAAGAAAGCAGAGAUCAGAGUUUGAAACAUGGGGCACCUCAAGCAACUGAAAGUUAUAGAAUAAGGCACAAGAGAAGAGGGAUCUUUGCAGAAGAUAUCCAAAAAUAGUUUGGGGGAAACAGAUGCUGUGGCUGUGGCUGACUCCAAGGUAUGAAUGGAAAGACCAUUUUAGAAGCUGCUAUAGGAUUGAAAUAAAACACACUAGAA